AUGGGGCAUAUGGCCAGAGAUUGUAAUCAAAAUAAUGGAAAGUUAGCUGCUAGCUCCAUUGCAUCGAUCCCAAAACCGGAAAAUACUACGAGAUCUACUACCACCAGAGAUACCGUGAGGCAAGGGAGAGUUUUUGCGCUUGUUCCUGGCGAUACGCGGAAUGCUGAAGCCGUUGUCUCAGAUUUGAGUAGUAUCCCUAUUGUUAGCGAGUUUCCAGAUAUACUCCCAAAUGAAUUGUCAGGAGAAUUAGUUGACAGGAAAAUAGAGUUCACCAUUGAAGUUGUGCCAGGCACUCAGCCUAUUUCUAAAACUCCUUAUAGAAUGGCUACAACUGGAAUGAAAGAAGUGAAAGAACAAUUGCAAGACUUGCUUGACAAAGGGUUCAUCCAACCUAGUACUUCAUGCGGUGCACCAGUGUUGUUUGUGAAAAGAAAGACGGAACUCUAUGCUUGUAUCAAUUCUUACUUUGUAGAUAAACUUCUAAGGAUUGUUCGUGAUAUCAUUCUUCAUAUGAAGGGAACAAGCAAGUCUAAUAUUGACCAACAUGAUGGAAAUCCAUUAGUCAAUAAUACCAAUAUGGGAGAUCCUACACUAGAGUUCAUUAAGCAUAAAAGAAAGAUCCAAAAGCUCAAAGAAAAAUUCUUUAAACAAAAUGGUGGCAUAAUGUUACAACAAUUACUUUCAAAUUCCAAAAUUGAAGAAAAUUCUGCCCAAAAAGCACAAAUUUACACAGAAGAAGAGCUCAACAAGGCAACAAACAAUUUCAGUGAAAGCAAUGUCGUUGGCCAAGGAGGUUACAGAACAGUUUACAUAGGAACUCUAGCAAAUCCCAUGGUUUUUGCCAUCAAGAGGUCCAAAGUAGUAGACCGUGGCCAAAUCAAACAAUUUAUCAAUGAAGUGAUCAUUUUCUUCCAAAUCAAACACCCAAAUGUCAUAAAACUUUUAGGUUGUUGUUUAGAGACACCGGUUCCAUUACUAGUCUAUGAAUUUAUCACAAACGACAACCUUUUCCACCACUUGCAUGAUGAAGGAUUUGUGUCGUCAAUGGCAUGGAAAAUGAGGCUAAGAAUAGCGACUCAAACCGAUACAGCUCUUGCACAUAUGCACUCUGCUCCGAUGCAUAUAAUUCAUAGAGAUGUCAAGUCUGCUAAUAUACUCUUAGACGAUGAGUACACUGCGAAAGUGUUUGAUUUCGGAGUUUCAAGAUUGGUUCCUAUGGAUCAAACUCAAUUGUCCACAUUAGUGCAACCAACACUUGGGUACAUAGACCUUGAGUACUUCCAUUCAGGUCUCUUAAUGAAUAAAAGUUAUGUUUACAGCUUUGGGGUUGUACUUGUCGAGCUUCUAAUUGGUGAAAAGUCUGUUUUGAUGGAUAGGCCUGAAAAGCACAGAAGCCUAGCUACGUAUUUCAUUCCUUUGUUGGAAGAAGUUCGGUUGAAUAAAGUUCUUGAAAAUCGAGUGGCAAAAGAGGGAGAUUCUGAGUAG